AUGAGAUCCAAGCACUCUAUCAACCGUGCUCAAAAUGUGAGCUCUAAAAGCCCACUUAGGCAAUUCGUUACAGGUAAAGACAAGUCAGCAGGUAGAAAUUCAAAGGGUCGUAUCACAAUUUUCCAUAGAGGGGGAGGGGCAAAACGAUCACAAAGAACAAUUCACCUAAAAUGCAACACUUCAUCAGUAGGUGUAGUUGAACGAAUCGAAUACGACCCAAAUCUCACUUCACGGAUCGCAAUGGUCAGAUGGGUCGAAGGGGCAACCGUUGACCGCCCUAAAAAAGUCAACUCCCUCCAAAAAAAACUUCACCCCACCACUAAGAUCCUACCCUCCAUCUCCAUCAAAGGUUAG